AUGCCCAGAGAAGCAGAACCGUCAGCCAACGAGAAGGCCUUUCUCUUGAAGGCGCUUCAAGACGAACAGAUUCGCCUCGAUGGCCGUGAAUUCGACCAAUACCGUCCACUAGAGCUCACGUUUGGAGACGAAUAUGGCGUCGCCAAUGUAUCGCUUGGCAAGACAAAAAUUCUUGCCAAAGCCUCCGCUGAAGUAACAGUCCCCUUCGCCGACCGCCCGCUCGACGGCAUCUUCACCAUCGCCACCGAACUCUCCCCCAUGGCCGCGCCUCACUUCGAAGUGAACCGGCCCACCGAAACCGAAGUGCUGCUCUCGCGCCUGCUCGAAAAGACCGUCCGGCGCUCCGGCGCCCUCGACACCGAGUCGCUCUGUCUGGUCGCGGGGCAAAAGUGCUGGUCCGUCCGGGUCGACGUGCACGUGCUUUCGCACGACGGCAACCUGACCGACGCGGCCUGCUUCGCCGUCGUCGCCGCCCUUCGCCACUUCCGAAAGCCCGACACCAGCAUGGAGAAUGGCGUGCUGACGGUGUACACGCCUGCGGAGCGGGAGCCGGUGCCGCUGGGCUGGCUGCACUCGCCUUUCUGCGUGACGUGGAGUUUCUUUGGCGACGAGGGUGAGACAGCGUUAUUGGAUGCGGAUUGGAUGGAGGAGCAAGUCAGGGUCGCCAGUGUCACGAUUAGUUUGAACAGGCACGGAGAGAUCUGUCAGAUCGCGAAGCUCGGGGGUGUACCGGUCGAGGCAGUUGCGCUACUGCAGUGUACCAGCGUGGCGCUGACGAAGGUGAAGGAGUUCUCCACUUACUUGGAUGACAAGUUGGCGGAGGACACGAAGAGGAGGGAUAAGGGUGGGUUUAUGGCUGAGUUAAGGGCGGAGAAUGAUCGCAUUGUUGGGUGA